AUGGAGAUCUGCUCUGGAGGUAAGUCAUGCUCCUGGACCUGUGGGGGGGACAUUAGAACUUUGAAUAGCCGCCUUCAGUCAGUCCCGGCCGAGUCCCUCCUGGUUGCCGCCUCUAUUUCCUACCUUGGCGGUCUCCCGUGGCCUCGCUGCGUGGCGUUGUUGGAGAAGUGGCAGCGGCUUUGCGAUGGGUUGGAGGUUCCUCUGGAUCCGGAUGAUGUGAGGGACUCUCUGGACGGCUCCGGGGACAAUGGAACGUCUCUCCUCCUGGAGGUGCUCGGCGCCCCCGCGGAGAGGAUCGGAUGGUAUAGGAGGAGAUUGCCGGUCAGUAUAGAGACACAGAGUCGUGCCGCACUGCUUCGGGCCAGCGGCCGCUAUUCGGAUACCCCGGUGCUGGUCACUGACCCGGAUAACAUGGCAGAGAGGUGUCUGUCGGCUGUACUGGGGGCAGAGGAGUCAGAGACAUCUGAAGCCCCGGCAGGCCGGACACUGCAUGUCAUUGACGCUUCUGAUCCGGAACUGACCCAGAAACUGUCCGAUGGAGCGAGAAAACGGAUGCCGCUUCUCAUUGCCAACGUGGAGAAGAACUUGUCCUGUGUGGAUCUCAUACAACAAUUAUUCCAUCAGGCCAGAAAUCCUCUGAUUUCCAGAGAAGCAUCGCACAAUGCUCCGCCCUACCACCGCCCUGGAGGAACCACCCCCACCCCAGAGGAUGAGGCUCCUCUGUCCUUCCAGGUCUUCCUCAGCACUUCCCUUCCUCUGCGGGAGUUUGUGGAGGAAGCCGGCCCGGCCUUCAUAAAAGAGGUGACGGUGAUGGAUCUGAGCCUCGGUUCUGAUGGGCUGCAGGAAGAGCUGAUCCACCAGAUUCUGCUGCUUAAAGAUCCACGACUGCAGGACGAGAGGAGGAAGCUGUACACCAACCGAUUACAACUGACUGAGCGCCUGCAACGAGCCAAGGACACUUUUCUGGAUUACGUCACCUCUGACACGGUGCCGCUUCUUCAGAGAAUGGACUUUAUGCACCAAGUGACCACAUGUGAGGAGCUCCAGAGCUCACUAGGGGGGUCCCUGAGUGAUGUGGAGGCGCUGCAGCAGCGGGUGACCGAAAAUAUGGCCCAAUAUGUGUCUGCGGCAGAGCAAUGCUGCCUUCUGUACUCCCGCCUGCAGGAGAUGUCACGGCUGUCUCCACAGUAUCACUUUUCCGCCAGGUCCAUCUUGUUCUGGGCUGUCCGGGCCCUGCAUAUUAAGGAGGAGGACGGAAGUACCAUAGAGGAAGUACUGACCUCCGGGAUCCUCUCUCGUGUGCUCCCCGCUCUUACAGAAGAGCACAGAAAGAUAUUGCGGGUGUUGCUGGCGGUAGGACGGCCGUCUGAUUUAGAAUGGUUCUCUUUCUUGGGACUUGCAAGUAAGUCGGCUCCGGAGGCCUCAUCGUCCUGCAUCCAGAGACCGCAGUGGCUGAGUCCCAUGGCUUGGGAGGAACUCCAAAAACUGGAGAGGAUGUCGUGUUUCCAAGGUAUCCGGUCCUCGUUGGGCGCACAGGCCCGCCAGUGGCAGGAAUACUUCAGACUGGGCUCCACAGUGAUCGGGCCGAUUCCCUGCUCCAACUUCUCCCACCUCACGCUUUUCCAGACGGCCAUCUUAUGGCGAAUCGUGAAGCCGGAGAGCCUGGGCCAGGUGCUGACCCACCUCACCUCAUGUAUUCUGGGACCAGAAGCUGAAGACCAGGAGGAAGAUAUCAUCGCUGUAUCCAAUGAACGUUCUCCAGUACUGUUCCCAAUUCCAGGACAUGCCGCUCUGCUGUACCAUCCCCAAGACUUCAUCCUGUACAGGGCUCGGAGGAAGGGGAAGGAGGUAAAAGUGAUGACGUGGAGCUCGUCUCUUCCAGACAAGGAGAUCACCGACUCAUUGGUCAGAAGCCAGCAGGAAGGUCACUGGGUCCUGCUGCAUUGGCACCCCAAGCUGGCCCAUGUGUUGAAUGCUGUCAGAGAAGAUCCGGCGCAGACAAAUCCCGAAUUUCGGAUGUGUAUCAUCUUAGAGGAGGAGGCGCUUGGUGCAGUGUUAGCGCACUUCAGACGUUCCUGGCAGGCCGCACCUUGCGUGUUCCGGCCCACACUCCGUCACCUCCUUCCGCAGAGCUGUAUGGCAAACAUGGAGGAAUUGGGGGAACGACUGAAUGAUUCCCGGAUCCUGAGGUUACUGACCCUCCACAGCAUUCUCCUCCUCAGACAGGAAUACAGCGACUAUGUACAAAGUGAUGUCUAUAACUGGGGUUACGAGGAGCUGAGACUGGCGCUGCGUUGCGUGGAAGGCAUGAGGAAGGACUCUAUGGACUGGGCGGACACCAUGUCUUAUCUUACAGGUGACAUUAUAUACGGAGGACACGUGGUAGAUGAAGGGGAUGCACACAGCGUCAUGGUGGUUGCUCAGCAAUGUCUACAGGACCAUCCAAAUCACCGGCUCAGCCGCGGACUCUCCAGCUUCUUGUCCACAGUGGUGGCCGGCAGGGUGUCAGGUCCUGGUGUUUACAGCAUCCAGAGGUUCUUGCAGAACUUGUGCCGUCAGCAGGACACAACUGCUCUAGGACUGAGUGAGGGGUUGCACAGCAUAGCCAUGGAGGUCUACGGACGCAAAGUGCUACCCAACCUGCUGAUUACUCAAGAUGUCUGGACCAGCAAAAUGAAUACACGAGACAGCCAGACUGAUGGACGGCAGACACAAGACCCGGCUGGAUCUGAGAUUGCAUUCAGAAGUAGUUCUUCAGCUUCUUCGUGCAGUCCACAGUUAGAAAUGAUUUGGGAGAAUCCUUUAAGCCAAUGUCUGUCACAGCUGAUGGAUCUGAAAGGUAUUCAGGAGGCUCGGCAGGGGGAGAUAGACCGUCUGGAGGACCAACACAGCUUAGAAGAAGCCGAAUGUGGUAAUAUUCAUCACAGAGAGAACAAGCUGGAAGAAGAGAACCCAACCGCUGGGCCAAAGGUGGAGACGCACGCCAGGAGGCCAUCGCCCUUACUCAGCUUUUUGCGGGAAGAGUGGAAUCUGCUGAGUGGACUCGUCCAUCAGGUCAUCCGAGAGUUAAAGGACGCAGACUCGCCUUGCUGCUGUUUGCGAUGUCAGAAGAUCAGGGCAGUGAUCUCUGAGGGCCGAGUACCAACAUGGUGGAACGUCUACUCCUCUACCCCUCCCACAGUCACUCCUCUGGUUUGGGUCUCCGGCCUAAGAACCCGUAUGAAGCUUCUGUCCAGCUAUGUCUGUGAACCAUCACCGCUUCGUGGGACCUACAACCUGAGCGCCUUCCGCCAUCCAGCUCAGAUUCUGCAACGCGUCCUGAUGGAACAAGCUCUGAGAGAUCAUCAAGAACUAGACACAUACUCUCUACAAAUUCAGGUGUCACACAGAAGAGCGCCUCCAGUGGACGGUGUACGCAUUGCACUGUGCGGGAUCUAUCUGAAGCAUGCCCUAUGGGACACCAGGCUGUGUACAUUGCAGGAGACCCUGUCCCCAAAGCUGUGCGCUCUGCCGGACCUACACCUCACGGCCGUGCAGGGGAACGACAGAGCCGCGUGCCCGGAAAAUAUAUCGCGCUGUUAUUUGUGCCCUGUGUACUCACAUCAGGCCCCCGAGGGCCACGGUCAGCAUCAACAGCAGCCAUUACUCUUUAUACCUCUCCCUAGCAAUAUGGUUCCAGCCGUGUGGAGCCUGCGCAGGGUCCACGGCCUCAGCCUGCUGCUGUGA